AUGAGGCUCUUGUUGUUGACUCUUUUCGUCGUCGCCGUUUGCGCGCACUCACACGAGUCGCAUUCCGAAGAAAAAGCAACAACUCCGGCAUCGAGAGCUCGACGCGGCCUGGCUGAGCCCACUCAUGGACCCCCGAAAACCGAACCCCAUGAGGGAGAUGAGAAUGAGCAGGGAGAAGAGAAAGAGAAGCCUGAAGACAGACAAAGAAGGGAUACGUCAAAGGAAGAAGGAGACAAUAAAGGAGACAAAGAAGGAGACAAUAAAGGAUCCGAUGAAGUAGUGCCUACCUCUGCCAAGCCACGAAGCAGAAGACAUUCAUCAACUGAGGAAAAUGGCGAGAAGAAAUCGUCUGAGAAAGAGGAGAAAGGCCACGGACACGAAUCGACCACUGAGAAGCCACGAAGCAGGAGACAUGCCUCGGCUGAGGCUAACGACGAGAAGAAAUCGUCGGAAAAAGAGGAGAAAGGCGAAAAACACGACCACCCAUCAACCACCACGGGCCCCCGACAACAACGUGAUGUGGCUGAAGUGAAGAUUGGAGGAGGUACCACCGAGAAAUCGCACCAUCAUAGCACAGAAAGCGACGAAACGAAAGAACACCACGAUCACGAGCAUCAUCACGAGAAAUCAGAAAAACCUGAGAAAUUCGAUGGUUCCUCAACGCCUCCACACCAUCAUGAAGAACCAAAAUUGACGACAAAAGCU